AUGGAGAGACUCGAACUCACCAUGGAUAGAAGAUAUCAGGAGAUGCAGCUGGAGAGUAGAGAAAGAGCUGAAGGCGGCGGAGCGGCACCACUCACUCCUAGAAAAGGGUGAAGGUUACCCUAACCCUCUAUGCACCCCCAGGCGCAUCUUGCUCAGUCAGCCGACAAAGCGUGGCACCAAGUAGAAGCCAACAACUCAAGACGCGAUCGACCACCAGGCAGGAUCACGUGAAGGGCACUCCGGCAGGCCCCAGACCAGCCACCCGCUCAUACCAGAACAGCCUCCAGCAGCUUCCCAUGUCUCCUGGCAUGACACCAACCAAGAACUUACCUCAGGGCCAGGUGUCCACGACCAUGAUCUAGUCAACCAGAGCAAUGCCUCCUCCUUGCUGCUAGUCCCAUGCCAUUGGACUGAUCCACCUCCAUUGUUUAAUCAGUCGGCCCAGCUCUCAGCAUCAACUGCUGGGACACCUUUGAGCAUGCCAGCACCACCAGCACUUAUCCUACAAAGGUCACAGGGUGGCGCCACCACACAGGCCAAUCCACGCCAGCAGCCAUUUACAUUUACAUUUACAUUUACAUCAUUUAGCAGACGCUCUUAUCCAGAGAAACUUACAAAUUGGUGCAUUUAACUUAUGAUAGCCAGUGGGACAACCACUUUUCUUAUUUUUCUUAUUUUUUAAUGGUGGGUGGGGGAAGAAGGAUUACUUUAUACUAUUCCAGGUGUUCCUUAAAGAGGUAGGGUUUCAAGUGUCUCCGGAAGGUGGUCAGUGACUCCACUGUCCUGGCAUCGUGGGGGAGCUUGUUCCACCAUUGGGGUGCCAGAGCAGCGAAUAGCUUUGACUGGGCUGAGCGGGAACUGUGCUUCCGUAGAGGUAGGGGCGCUAGCAGGCCAGAGGUGGAUGAACGUAGUGCCCUCGUUUGGGUGUAGGGUCUGAUCAGAGCCUGAAGGUAAGGAGGUGCCGUUCCCCUCACAGCUCCGUAGGCAAGCACCAUGGUUUUGUAGUAGAUGCGAGCUUCAACUGGAAGCCAGUGGAGUGUGCGGAGGAGCGGGGUGACAUGAGAGAACUUGGGAAGGUUGAACACCAGACAGGCUGCAGCGUUCUGGAUAAGUUGUAGGGGUUUAAUGGCACAGGCAGGGAGCCCAGCCAACAGCAAGUUGCAGUAAUCCAGACGGGAGAUGACAAGUGCCAACACCUGGGUUGCCUCUAGCACCUGUGACUCCAGGCCCAAAUCUAAUGGACCUAGUUGUAGCCUCCUCCUUUGGGAUCCCAAAGCCAAAACUCACACACUUCAGCAGUAGUCGUGAGAGUGACUUCGCCCUACUGAGGAUGGCCCUGGACAUCCUGCUUGGUAUUACAAGUACCAAGUUCUGCUAGAGCGCCUCAAGCUUCCAAGUGCUUACAAACUGGCCCAGUCAUGUAUGCACGAUCCAAAUCCCUACUCCACUGCCCUGAGUGCACUCCAAGACAAGUAUGGACAGCCAAGGCAGUUGGUGCAGAGCGAGCUUGCAGCCAUCCUGAUUACGGCAUCUGUCAAGAUGGGAGAUGCUGCAGCAUUGAUGAGUUUGCUCUCUCAGUUCAUUCUCUCAUGAGUAUGCUCCAGACACUAGAGGGUGCCAACAGAUUCGAGCUGAUGUGUGGCUCACACGUGAAUCGCCUUCUCGGCAUGCUGCCAGAAGCCUACAGAGACGGUUUUGUAGAGUAUUGCCUUACUAAAGGCAUUCUACAAACAGGGGUCAAGAGAACCUACACCUUACCUGACUGCAUGGUUAGUCAGGUCUCGGGCCAAGUGGAUUGCCAGUCGGGCUGUCGAGUUGUACCAGAAAGAGGACAAGGGAGCUAAAGAACAGCGUACGUCUUCCCACAACAAGAACAAGUCUGCCACCGUCCUCUACAACACAGACCAGACUACUGAAUUCAGAGUCUUCACCACAGUCCAAGAAGAACUCUUCAGCUCAGCAGGAAGGGAAGGCAUCAAGGGAAAAGAGAAGCCUAAACUGUACAGCCCUUUCUGCAAGAACCAAGAACACUACCUCAGUUCUUGUGAGGAGUUUAAGAAGCUCUCCCAAGACCAAAUAGCUCAGUGGGUCAAGGAUAAAGACCGGUGCUGGUGGUGUGGGCGAGGACACCAGCCAGAUUCCUGCACCCUAAAGAAGACGUGCAACGUCUGCAAAGAGGAACACCUGACUGUCCUUCAUGACCUCGCUGAAGAAGAGGAUAAGAGUAUCCUGAUGGUCAGCACACCUCCGACCACAGUCUACCUGGACCGCCCAAAUCACUCUGGCCGUGUGAUGCUAAAACUGGUGAAAGUUCGGCUCCACAAUGGUAACAAAUCACUCGAAACCUAUGCAGUCCUAGAUGACGCUCAGAGCGUACCAUUGUCCUUCCCUCUGCUGUUCAGCAGCUGGUGCCAAAGAAGCAGAGUCCCUGAUGGUUAGGACUGUAUAUCAAGAGGGGGUGCAGUUAAAAGGCCACUCAGUCACUUUUAAGCUCUCACCAGUGUGCAACCCAUCCAAAGCAGUUCUGUAUCACCAAAACCUUCACUGCUGAUGACCUCGCAGAGUACUCCUACCCAGUGGAGGCUCUGAUGGAACCGGUGCGCAUGGAACCUCAAGGUGGACCUGUUGCAGUCCACACCACGACUUGGUUGGGCACUCCAGGGGCCUUCCAACUUCCCAUCCAAUUCCGGCAAGGAACAACAGUGCCUGUUCACUUCCACCAUCUCCCGUUCAGAUGACCUCUUCCGCCAUGUGGAGAAGCCGUGGCAGAUUGAUACCCUGCCUUACUGCAACGAGAAGAUGAUGGCGACCCUAAGCAAGAUGAGGCUAUCCGCACCCUUGAGGCUGACACCAUAUGUGUGACUGUUGGAGAUGUUGCACGCUACACCACUCCUCUUUUCCGAGUAAGGACUCUCCAUGUUUGAAAGCACCCAAGGAGGUAGUCUUGGCUCAUCUGAGGAGCACCGAGCGGUGUCUAGCCAAGAACCCAGAGCAGGAGAAGAUCUACUGCCAAGAAGUUCUGAAGUUAGAAACUGCAGGCUUUAUGAUCAAGCUCUCCCAAGAAGAGGUUGACUCUGUAGAGGAGUCCUGGUACAUCCCGCACCAUCUGGUGCACUACAAUGGAAAUAACAGGUUAGUUUUCAACUGUUGCUUUGCAUACAAGGGCCAAGUUCUUAACGAACUCCUCCUACCAGGACCCACCUUGAGUCCUUCCCUCCUUGGCAUCCUCCUGAGAUUCAGGCAGCACACAGUGGAUAUCUGUGGAGACAUCACAACCAUUUUUCAUCAAGUGCACCUGCUACCCCAAGACCGAGGCCUUCUCCGAUUCCUGUGAAGGGAUCUGAAGAGUGACCAAGGACCAGACGUCUACGAAUGGCAGGUUCUUCCUUUUGGCAUGACCUGCAGCCACUGCUGCUCCACAUUCGCCUUGCAGCAACAUGUGCGAGAUCACAAGGAUGGUAACGAGGAUGUGCCACAGAUGGUGGAACAUGCCUUCUAUGUUGACAAAUGCCUGCAUAGCCUCCCUGCAUCCCAGGAAGCACGCCAACUGGUGAACAAGACAAGGACUCUGCUAGCCACAGGAGGAUUUGAGAUCUGUCAAUGGGCGAGUAAUGUCCUGGCCGUUGUUGAGCAUCUCCCUAAAGAAGCAAGAUCUGUGAGCACAGAACUGUGGCUCUCCCAAAACUGUGUGGACCCUAAAGAACCCACAUUAGGACUCCGCUGGCACUGCUCUACAGACACAUUGGGGUACAAGUCCCGCACUGUGGUGGAGCCGACACCACACGAUGAGGACCAUCUACCGUACUCUUGCCAGCCAGUACUAUCCCCUGGGAUAUAUAAUUCCCUACUCGACGACAGCAAAGAUCCUGGUACAGGAGCUCUGGAAGACGGAGAGCGGAUGGGACGACCCCAUCUUACCGGCACCCUUACAAGACCAGUGGAAGGAGUAGGAGUGCGAACUCCGACCCUGUCAGAGGUCACCAUCCCUAGGUGUUAUGUCCCUCCAAACAUAGACAGCGCAACAGUGACCAUCGACAUCCACAUCUUCUGCGAUGCUUCAGAGAGAGCAUACAGCUCUGUGGCAUAUCUCCCCACCGAGGACGACCAAGUACAUGUCUCAUUCCUCGUGGCAAGAUCUCGAGUGGCACCCAAGCACCUGGAGCUCAGUGCUGCCCUGACCGGAGCCCAACUAGCUCGUCUUCUGCAAACUGAGCUUACUUUGGAGGUCCGCAGGACCACCUUGUGGUCAGAUUCAACGACCAUCUUGAACUGUCUGUAAUCGGAGUUGUGUCGUUAUAAAGGGUUUGUCGGCAUCAGAGUCACUGAGAUACAAGAUCUCACGGAUGUUAGAGAGUGGAGAUAUGUCGACACUGCUAACAACCCAGCAGACGACAUCACAAGGGGAAAAACUCUGGCUGAGCUAACCCGAGUGAACCACUUGACUCAAGAUCCACACUUCCUGUAACAGUCACCUGACACCUGGCCUGUGAUGCACAGUACUGUUAGAGAAGAGGACACCACUGAAUGUCGCAAAUCUAACUUCUGCAGUCAGGUCACCCUUAGUCCUGAUCCUGUAAAGGUAGACUGGAGCACAUCUCACAGAUGGAAGGGCUCUGUGAGUCCUUGUACCAAACUAUGAUUCCAACUGUUGGUGAUCCCAAGCCUUCAAGGCACAACAUGGAGACUUUCCUGCUUAACCUCUAUGGGAUCGGUGUCACGUAUAUGGGACGGUUGAGCUAACGUGCGCUAAUGUGAUUAGCAUGACUGUUGUAAGUAACAGCAAACUUUCCAGGACAUAGACAUGUCUUAUAUGGGCAGAAAGCUUAAAUUCUUGUUAAUCUAACGGCACUGUCCAAUAUACAGUAGCUAUUACAGUGAAAAAAUGCCAUGCUAUUGUUUGAGGAGAGUGCACAACAACAAAAAACACUGCUGCCAUCUAGUGGCCAAAAUAUAAAUUGCCCCUAAACUGAAAUAUUAUAUCGUGGCCUUUCUCUUACAUUUCAAAGAUGAUGGAACCAAAAAAUAAAUAACAUUUUUUCUUGUUUAUAUUAUCUUUUACCAGAUCUAAUGUGUUAAAACCCUUAGAGAUCCUGUCGGACAAUGGGACUAAUUUCUAAGGGGCGGACAGAGAACUGCAAGAGGCCUUUACGGCCCUUGGGCCUGAUCUCCAGGAACAGAAGAUCACCUUUCAGUUCAACACCCCGAAUGCACCACAUUUCGGAGGCGCCUGGGAGAGGGAGAUAAGGUCUGUGAAGAAUGCUCUUCGUGUAGCAGUUGAAGACAAGUCACAACAUGAACAUGUCCUCCUGACGAUCCAAGCCCCUUGGCUAUGUUUAAGUGGAUGUAGCAGACGCCAAUCCUGUUCCGCCUAAUCUGCCCUUGAUGGGGCGGCAUGAUGUUUCGCUCCCACAUGCCGUAAAUGCAGACAUAGACCUUCUUGUAUGAUGCUGUUGGAAGCAUAAUCAGGUCCUGGCAGACCACUUCUGGACCCACUUCAUGCGGAACUAUUUGCCAAGUCUUCAGCAGGCAGAAGUGGUGGAAGGACACUCCAGACUUGAAGGUUGGGAAAGUGGCCAUGAUAGUGGAUCCUCAGCUACCAAGAGCUUCAUGGCCCAUCAGACGGAUAGUGAAGACAAUACCAGGUGCAGAUGUAAGGAUCCAGACUGCGGAGGUCAAGGUCAAGGAUUUAAUCUAGCUGCUUCCUGUUGCCCGAUUGGUAGAGCUUCCCGCCAUGUUAGAGGAUGCAGACUUGCCUUCAUAGAAAGGAAGAUGGAGGCUUUUACUAAAUUCGAAUUAGUUACACUAAUUCUGGGGCGGCUGUAUAAAAGCCCGUUAAAUUUGAAUUUAGAAUCCUCUAAAUGUAAUUAUAUCUACAAGGACAUUUUAUUGAUCUGCCAGUAUUUUCAUUUAGAGAUUCCAGUAAACUCUUUGAUGUUUCCUUUCAUGUGUCCUACCAAUUAUUAUUGGAUUAUUCACCAUGGCAACCAAUUGUUAGUAUAAAAACUGAACUUAUUUCUCAGUUCCUUUGGCUUUCAUUUGCUGGGAUAUUUGUGCGUUUUUGACCAAAUGUAAGUCAGUACAAAUACUUAUUUCACUUUUAUAAUAUUCCUGUUGCUGUUGUUAUAUGUAAAUACAAGAAAUGUGUAUGUAGAGGGGUAACUUUGUUCACCAGUUCUCUUACCAUUUUGUACAAUUAUGUGAUUAGCCUACCAUUUGGUGUAACUGUGAUGUUAAUUCUCCUGAGAGGAAUUAUGGUUAGUUAUUUUUCUGUUAUUGUAAAUUAUGUAUAGAGAUUGCUGACAUUACUGUUUAAUGUAAUAUUGUUUAUUGGAUUUACAUUGUAGUAAUUGUAUAUUUAUUUUAUCCUGUUUACCUCUGUACACAGGCCACAUGUAUACUCUGUUUCAUUAUAACCUAGUUUAUUAUGUUAUGUAAAUAACUGACAAGAGAAUUUAUGAAGAAUGACAACCUUUCAUUACAGUCUGGUUUCUUUAUUCACGUUCAACAACAGAAAACAUUCCAAAAUGUGUAACUCAAGAGUGUUUACUCAUUAGAAAAAUUCUAAUAAGUUAUAAUCUCCAGUAUCAUCACAAAAGUCUAUUUCGUAAAAUGAUGAAAUAGACCUUGUUAUUAUACUGAAUAAUAUACCAUGGGCCUCAGACGCAGAGGCCUAUAGGCUGCCCUGUAGAUAAUCAUGGCAUUCUGCAAUGAAUAGACGGUAGACAGGGGGUGGGCUCUAGAUGAUUCUAUCAGCCAAUCAGGGCUGUAUGUAAAUAUAUAAGCAUUUGUAUCCCCACGCCCACACAGUCGGACUGUGCAUUUCAGUGGUCCAAGGAUGCACAGGGAAAUAAAUGAUAAAAAAUACAUUUUGGAGUUAUAUAAAAAAUAAACAGUGAUUUAUUAGACAAAGUGAUGAUUUAGACUGCAUAUGGGCUUUAUGAGUCAUGACAGAUGUCAUUGUGUUCUCACACAUGCAGUCACACACACACACCCACCCACACAGCUGACUGCGGAGUGUCCCUGUUCUGUGCAGGGCAUAAAGUAUGUGCUAAUUCCCGAGGGACUGAGGGAUUUCCAGUGGCUACGGGGUCUAUUGGGGAAGACGCCAGUCUCUGAAGGACCCUACAAGAACAGACGGUAAGCAGACUGUGACGUGGCGAGUCUCACACUCACAUACACAAACAAUCUACACUGCUCAGUGUUAUCUCUGCUGUCUUAUCUGCAGGCCGUGGAUGGACUACUCAGGACAGUUUGAUGAGAACCGCUUCUAUGUUCUUCACCCUGACUUUCUCAGAUACGUCCGCAAAAGGUAUAACAAAGUGUCCAAUAAUAAUAAUAAUAAUUUGGUGGAUGCUUAUAUUUGGUAGAGCACAGUGCUUGCAACGCGACAAUUGUGGGUUAGAUUCCAGCUGGAACCACCUAUACGAAAGUGUAUGCACGCAUGACUAUAAAUCACUUCGGAUAAAGUGGUCUGCUAAAUGGCAUAUAUUAUAUUUAAGAAGACACACAACAUGGGGCAGUUCCCAUAGAAAUGACUAGUAAAGUUAGCUUAGCAUAGUCAUAGCGUCAAGUUUGCUAUGUAGAACCACGUGAUCACAUUCAGUGCAUGCAGUGCAGUAGCCGCUUCUACGUGACUUCUGAAAUGGAACUGUGUGUUUGUGUGUGUGCGCUCCUUAUCUGUAGGUUCCUGUGGUCCCAGGCUCUGAAGGGUUUGGGGUGGGCUAUAUUCAGACCUACUAACGGAGCGUUCACACUCUUCCUGGCCCUGCACACCUGUGACGUGGUGAGUCUGUACGCCACGAACACACACACACACAAUAGAGGAGACACUAAUAAUAUCACCAUUUAAUUAUUUGAUGGCCUUAUGUGGGUUCGAUUCCAGUUGGAACCACCCAUACGAAAGUGUAUGCACGCAUGACCGUAAAUCGCUUUGGAUAAAGUUGUCUGCUAAAUGGCAUGUAUUAUAUUUAAGAAGAAACACAACAUGGGGCAGUUCCCAUAGAAAUGACUAGUAACGUUAGCUCUUUAUUUAACUUGGGGGUUCUCUGGUGAAAAAGUAGAAAGUAGCGCACUACAGUCUACAUAUGGGGAACAUGGUGUCAUCGGAGAUCCUCUUCUGUCUCUCCCCCUUUCCCCUCUCAGGUGGAUGCGUAUGGAUUUAUCACAGAGGACCACGGUAAAUAUCCCAACUAUUAUGUUGAGAGGUACUCUAAAACCAAAGUAAUCUUCUACGCUAAUCACGACUACAGCCAGGAGAUUAAGAGCUGGAAGAAAUUGCAUGACACCAAGAUCAUCCGGCUUUAUCAGAGACAGGAGGACCCAGAGGGAACGACAGGAAAACCGAAACAACCAUAG